CGGAGCCGAGUCACUCCCGCAUUUCGGGGCUCGGUUGGCCCGCGCCAGGCUGCAGCUCGCUGCCCGCCGCGGCCAUGCGGGGCUCCGUGCACGGAUGAGAGAAGCCGCCGCAGAGCUGGUGCCCGCUCCCGCCUUGGCCGUCACCCCUGCCGCCGCCAUGGAGGAGCCGCCGCCGCCAGCAGCACCGGCACCGGCGGCGGAACCCGAGCCCGAGCUGUGCCCGGCGGCGAGGCAGGAGUGUGCUUCGGGAGACUUCCCUUGCAGGAGUCCUGACUCGGAUGCAGAGGACUCGUCCGAUGAAACAAAUACGGAACAUCUGUAUAGCGCCUCUCCCCCCAGCACGCCUCGCCAGAUGAAGCGCAUGUCGGCCAAGCACCAGAGGAACAGCGCAGGGAAGCCGGCCAGUCGGUGCAGUCUGAAAGAAAAAAUGAAUGCAGCUAACCAAGCUCCACAUAAAGAGCCUGGGAAGGCGGUGGAGAGCGUGGAGGAGUACAGCUACAAGCAGGAGAAGAAGAUCCGGGCGGCCCUCAGGACCACGGAGCGCGACCACAAGAAGAGUGCGCAGUGCUCCUUCAUGCUGGACGCGGUGGGCGGCUCCCUGCCAAAGAAACCUAUUCCCGAGGUGGACCUGAAUAAGCCUUACCUCAGCCUGGGCUGCAGCAACUCCAAGCUCCCAGUCUCCGUGCCCAUGCCCAUCGCCAGGACUGCACGCCAGACUUCCAGGACUGACUGUCCUGCAGAUCGCUUAAAGUUUUUUGAAACUUUACGACUUUUACUAAAGCUUACCUCAGUCUCCAAGAAGAAGGACAGGGAGCAAAGAGGCCAGGAAAAUACAUCUGCCUUCUGGUUUAACCGCUCCAACGAACUCAUCUGGUUGGAGCUGCAAGCCUGGCAUGCAGGACGGACCAUCAACGACCAGGACCUCUUUUUAUAUACAGCCCGUCAAGCCAUCCCAGACAUCAUCAACGAAAUCCUUACUUUCAAGGUGAAUUACGGGGGCUUUGCCUUUGUCCGAAAUGGCACUAGUGUCAACGGUCCUCCAGCGGAAGGGCAGAGCACGGCCCCUUGUGGCACCAAGAGCACGGGUGACUCGACGUACCACGAGCAUCUCCAGCGCCAGAGGGUCUCGUUUGAGCAGGUGAAGCGGAUCAUGGAGCUGCUGGAGUACAUAGAAGCACUUUAUCCGUCACUGCAGGCUCUCCAGAAGGACUACGAGAAAUACGCUGCCAAGGACUUCCAGGACAGGGUGCAGGCGCUCUGUCUGUGGCUCAACAUCACGAAAGACUUAAACCAGAAAUUGAGGAUUAUGGGCACUGUUUUGGGCAUCAAGAAUCUGUCAGACAUUGGCUGGCCAGUGUUUGAAAUCCCUUCCCCUCGGCCAUCCAAAGGCAAUGAGCCGGAGGACGAGGGGCAAGACACCGAAGGAGAACUGAAGGAGUUGGAGAGUAGCACGGAUGACAGUGAAGAGGAGCUGGCCUCUGGUCGGAGGGGGCCGCCAGCCCGGCGGUCCUCGGAGAGCAGCCUCGACGGCCGCGUGGCCCGCAGGCUGGAACGGCUCGAGUCGGAGGAGGAGCCCCUCGGCUGGGGCGCCCCGGACAGCGGCAGUGAGGCUGGCUGCAGUCGGCACUGCCUGACCUCGAUUUACAGACCGUUUGUGGACAAGGCCCUCAAGCAGAUGGGCUUAAGAAAGUUAAUUUUAAGACUUCACAAGCUCAUGGAUGGUUCCUUACAAAGAGCACGUGUCGCACUGGUCAAGACUGACCGUCCCGUGGAGUUUUCUGAAUUCCCAGAUCCCAUGUGGGGCUCGGAUUACGUGCAGCUGUCCAGGACCCCGCCUUCCGCCGAGCAGAAAUGCAGCACCGUGUCCUGGGAGGAGCUGAGGGCCAUGGACCUGCCCUCCUUCGAGCCUGCCUUCCUGGUCCUCUGCCGGGUCCUCCUGAACGUCAUCCAUGAGUGCCUCAAGCUGAGACUGGAGCAGAGGCCUGCCGGAGAGCCGUCCCUGCUCAGUAUUAAGCAGCUGGUGAGGGAGUGUAAGGAGGUGCUGAAGGGAGGCCUCCUGAUGAAGCAGUACUACCAGUUCAUGCUACAGGAGGUUCUGCACGACCUGGAGAGAACCAGCUGCAACAUUGAUGCCUUCGAGGAGGAUCUGCAUAAGAUGUUGAUGGUAUAUUUUGAUUACAUGAGAAGCUGGAUCCAAAUGCUACAGCAGUUACCUCAAGCUUCCCAUAGUCUAAAAAAUCUGUUGGAAGAAGAAUGGAACUUCACCAAGGAGAUCACUCCCUACAUCCGCGGAGGAGAGGCGCAGGCUGGCAAACUCUUCUGUGACAUUGCGGGAAUGCUGCUGAAAUCCACAGGGGGCUUCUUGGAGUUCGGCCUGCAGGAGAGCUGCGCUGAAUUUUGGACCAGUGCAGAUGACAGCAGUGCCUCUGAUGAAAUAAGGAGGUCUGUGAUCGAGAUCAGCCGGGCACUGAAGGAGCUCUUUCACGAAGCCAGGGAGCGAGCCUCGAAGGCCCUGGGCUUUGCCAAAAUGCUGAGGAAGGACCUGGAAAUAGCAGCAGAAUUUGUUCUUGCAGCUCCAGUGAGAGACCUCCUGGACGUUCUGAAGUCAAAGCAGUAUGUGAAGGUACAGAUUCCCGGAUUGGAAAGCUUGCAGGUGUUUGUUCCAGAUGCGCUGGCCGAAGAGAAGAGUACAAUCUUGCAGCUGCUGAAUGCUGCAGCUGGGAAGGACUGCUCCAAGGACUCGGAUGACUCACUGCUCGAUGCCCAUCUGCUGCUUGCCAAGCAGAGCACCCGGGUCCACGCCUCUCAGGAUGGCUGGGGCGGGUGGGAGGCGCAGCCAGUCAAAGUUGCGCCCCAGGUGGAGACAGUUGAUACCCUGAGAAGCAUGCAGGUGGAUCACCUUCUGCUGGUUGUCAUGCAGUCGGCCCAUCUCACAAUUCAGAGAAAAGCCUUCCAGCAGGCCAUUGAAGGGCUCAUGACCCUUCGCCAGGAGCAGACCUCCAGUCAGCCCAUCAUUGCUAAAGCCCUGCAGCAGCUGAAGAACGACGCCUUAGAGCUGUGCAACCAAAUAAGCAACGCCAUUGACCGUGUGGAUCACAUGUUCACGUCAGAAUUUGAUGCUGAAGUCGAUGAGUGUGAGUCCGCCACGCUGCAGCAGUACUACCGGGAAGCCAUGAUCCAGGGCUACAACUUUGGCUUUGAGUAUCAUAAAGAAGUUGUCCGGCUGAUGUCUGGAGAGUUUAGACAGAAAAUAGGAGACAAAUACAUAAGCUUUGCCCGGAAGUGGAUGAAUUACGUAUUGACUAAGUGUGAGAGUGGCAGAGGCACCAGGCCAAGGUGGGCCACUCAAGGAUUUGAUUUUCUCCAAGCCAUUGAACCUGCCUUUAUUUCAGCUUUGCCAGAAGAUGACUUCCUGAGUUUACAAGCUCUGAUGAACGAGUGCAUUGGCCACGUCAUAGGGAAGCCGCACAGUCCUGUUACAGCCAUUCACCGGAACAGCCCCCGGCCCGUGAAGGUGCCUCGGUGCCACAGCGACCCUCCUAACCCUCACCUGAUUAUCCCGACGCCGGAGGGCUUCAGCACCCGGAGCGGGCCUUCGGAGGUGCGGAGCCACGGCGGCCCCGCUGCUGCUCCUGCUGCUGCCACCGCUGCCACAAGUCGCCUUGGCCCCUCUGGCGGCGACUGUGCACCGCCCAAACCCACCAGCAGUGCCCAUGAUACCAGGGGUUCCAGUGUCCCUGAAAAUGACCGCUUGGCGUCCAUAGCUGCAGAGCUGCAGUUUAGGUCCCUGAGUCGUCACUCCAGUCCCACCGAGGAGCGAGAUGAACCAGCGUACCCUAGGGGUGAUUCGAGUGGGUCGGCACGAAGAAGCUGGGAACUCCGGACCCUUAUCAGCCAGACCAAAGACACCGCCUCGAAGCAAGGCCCCAUGGGAGCCGUCCAAAAGUCAGUGCGAUUGUUCGAAGAAAAGCGGUAUCGAGAAAUGAGGAGGAAGAAUAUCAUCGGGCAAGUUUGUGACACCCCCAAAUCCUACGACAAUGUUAUGCAUGUUGGCUUGAGGAAGGUGACGUUCAAGUGGCAAAGAGGAAACAAAAUUGGGGAAGGACAGUAUGGAAAAGUGUACACCUGCAUCAGUGUCGACACCGGGGAGCUGAUGGCCAUGAAGGAGAUCCGAUUUCAGCCCAAUGACCAUAAAACCAUCAAGGAGACAGCCGACGAACUCAAGAUCUUUGAGGGCAUCAAGCACCCCAACCUGGUCCGGUACUUUGGUGUGGAGCUGCACAGGGAGGAGAUGUAUAUCUUCAUGGAGUACUGUGACGAGGGCACGCUGGAAGAGGUGUCGCGCCUGGGCCUGCAGGAGCACGUCAUCAGGCUGUACGCCAAGCAGAUCACCGUGGCCAUCAACGUCCUGCACGAGCACGGCAUAGUCCACCGCGACAUUAAAGGUGCCAAUAUCUUCCUUACAUCAUCUGGACUCAUCAAACUGGGAGAUUUUGGAUGCUCGGUGAAGCUUAAAAACAAUGCGCAGACCAUGCCUGGGGAAGUGAACAGCACACUGGGGACAGCAGCAUACAUGGCCCCAGAAGUCAUCACUCGUGCCAAAGGAGAAGGCCACGGGCGUGCCGCGGACAUCUGGAGCCUGGGCUGUGUCGUCAUAGAAAUGGUGACUGGCAAGAGGCCGUGGCAUGAGUAUGAACACAACUUCCAGAUUAUGUAUAAAGUGGGAAUGGGACAUAAACCACCCAUCCCUGAAAGACUAAGCCGAGAAGGGAAGGACUUCCUUUCUCACUGCCUUGAAAGUGACCCAAAGAUGAGAUGGACAGCCAGCCAGCUCCUCGACCACUCGUUUGUCAAGGUUUGCACAGAUGAAGAAUGAGGCAGCAGGCUGUGGCCCCGUGGUGUGGACCGGAGGCUCCUCAGUUACUGCUGUACGGGAUAUCGACACAGACCGAGCGGAAAAGCAGUGAAGGCCUUCUUCCCUCGCAAGACUGAAGACUGCCCAGGUGACGAGCGUCACUCCUGCUGCUGAUCCUGUGGGUGUGCUGCGUGGCAGGGUCCACGAGGUUCGAGAAGCUGCAUGUUAAGUGCCAUUACUACUGUACACGGACCAUUGCUUCUGCCUCCUCCGUUUCUCGCGUGCCUGAGACCUGUGUGUUUGACCUUCCUGGGUUCAGAGAAAGCUGUAGUGUUCUCAGGCGUCCCAGAGCUUGUUUUUAAUCUGUUUGUUGAGUGCACUGACUGUGAAACCAUAUCUCUUUGUUGUUGUUGGCAAGCUGCAGGUUUGUUACACAAAAGGCUGAUUAAUGAAACUGAAGAAAAAGGUUCUUUUUUCAAUAAAUGGUUUAUUUUAGGAAA